AUGUUUUCUUUCGUGCUUGGUGCCACCACUAUAGUGGUAGGCAUUAUUUUGGCAUUUCUUUCAUCUAGUCUUUUGACAUUGCUUGAUGUCGCUAUUUUAGUAGUAUCUUUCAACGUUGCUUUGUAUUACUAUUUUAGUAGUGAUAAGUAG